ACACACACACAUAUAUCCUCUCACAUACACACUCACAGCUGUUGAGACUUCUCUGAUGAACGCCGGGGCAGCCGACGAGCGGAGAGCACAGGAAUCUGGGAGAAUCUGCUGUCUGCAGGCAGCUCGGCCAAACAGCAUCUAUAUGGACAAUCUGGACAGACAAGUGGACCGACCGGUUUUCUGAACGCAGCCUGGCUCUCACUUUCUGUCGUUCAUAUCCCGCUCUUUCUCUCUCGUCGUUCCCCAGCUUCUCUUUGGGACUCAGUGUUGGAAUUUGAGCGCAGGAGAGAAAAAUAGAGACAUGUGUUUUGCCCCAGCUGCCUACUACUACUGCCUGUUCUCUCCCAUUCACUGACCAAGGAGGAAAUACAAGGUGAGAGUCAGAGCGGCGGCCACAGAGCGAGCGAGUGAGGUGAAGCAGGCAUGAGUGCGGACAGCCAUCAGGGGGUGGUGACCACCCCUCCUCCACCCGGUGGAGGGACUAAGGAACGCUACUUCGACCGGGUCAACGUCAACGAUCCGGAGUAUAUCAGGGCCAGGAACUUGUCACCUGACCUCCGACAGGACUUCAAUGUGUUGGAGCAGAAGAAACGUGUCACGCAAAUACUACAGAGCCCCGCCUUCAAGGAGGAGUUGGAGAGUCUGAUCCAGGAGCAGCAACGGAAGGGGAACAACCCCACCGGCCUGCUGGCCCUCAGACAGAUCGCUGACUUCUUCAUGGCCAGCUCCGUGGCCGGCUUCAACACCUCCCCCCUCAGUAUGGGGUCAGUCAACCCCAUCAAUGACAUGUACGCAAUGGAAUCCACCACGAUGGUGAAGGGCGAGAAGCUGACACGCUGUAAAGUGGCCAGCCUCUACAGACUGGUGGACCUGUUCAGCUGGGCCCACUUUGCCAACUCCUACAUCACAGGUCGAGUCAGUAAAGAGCAGGACCACAUCCUCAUCAUCCCCAGAGGACUGUCGUUUGCUGAGGCGUCUGCAUCAAACCUGGUAAAGGUCAACAUCAUCGGAGAUGUGAUCGAACAGGGCUCCACCAACCUGAGGGUCGACCCUGCAGGUUUCAGCCCGCACGCUGCAAUCUACUCCAUGCGUCCAGACAUCCGCUGCGUCAUACAUGUGCACACUCCUGCCACGGCUGCUGUGUCAUCCAUGAAGUGUGGCAUCCUGCCCAUCUCCCAGGAGUCCUUGAUCCUGGGUGAUAUCGCCUACUACAACUAUCAGGGCAGCCUGGACGACCAGGAGGAGCGCAGAGAGCUGCAGAAGGCCCUGGGGCCCACAGCAAAGGUUUUGGUGCUGAGGAACCACGGUGUUGUUGCUCUCGGGGAGACCAUAGAAGAGGCCUUUCACUACAUCUACAAUGCCCACUAUGCCUGUGAAAUCCAGGUAAAUGCCAUCUCGUCUGCUGGAGGCGUGGACAACCUCAUAGUGCUGGACCCGGAGAAGUACAAAUCACGAGUUUCCGCUGUGACUGUGGCCGAUGUCAACAGGGGAGGACAGUACAAAUGGAAGUAUGGCGAGCUGGAGUUUGAGUGUCUGAUGAGGAUGCUGGAUAAUCUGGGUUACAGGACAGGUUACACCUACAGACACCCCAUCAUGAGAGAGAAGCCGAGGCACAAGAGCGACGUGGAGAUCCCCGCCACUGUCACAGCGUUUAUGUUCGAGGAUGAUGGGGAGAGCGCCACAAGGCUGCCCUUCAAGUUCCUGCAGCAGCGGCAGCAGAGGGAGAAGACGCGCUGGCUCAACUCGCCCAACAGCUACACCAAGGUCAACGUGGAGGGCGGAGAAGAGCGCUACAACAGCCGGACGACCACGUGGAUGAAGGCAGAGGAGACGGGAACCCCGAUCCGGAUCGAGGACCCCAAUCAGUUCGUCCCUCUCAACACAGACCCCAAAGAGGUGCUGCAGAAGAGGAACAAAAUCAGAGAGCAGAACCGGUUUGAUAUGAUGACAUCGGGGCCGCGCUCUCAGCACCUGGCCGGCAUCCCUGUUGAUGAACCACGACGGGAUCCUGUGCAGAUAAACAUUCUGCCAUACGUGCCCACAGAGGAGGACCAGAUGGCUCCCCUGCCUCCCAACCCCUUCAGUGAGCUGUCAGAGAAGGCGCUGGAGGAGUACCGCAAGAACGUGGAGAGGAGGCAGCUCGGCCUCAGUGAUGGAGAGCACGAGCUAACCUCCGACGACGGCUCCACUCUCUCUCAGUCUCUGUCUCUCACCCAGUCCCCGCAAAGCACUCCAGCUAAAGAAGACAACCACACGGGCCUGAUGAACGGCAAAGACGACCACGGCGACGUGGACGAGGAGCUGUCCAAGCGCGUCAGCCAGCUGACCACCAGCGUGGAGAGCGUGGAGAUCACUGUGCGCUCCGGCGAAAAGAUAGAGGAGGCGCUGUCCCCCGAGAGCUCACCCUCCAAGUCGCCUAACACCAAGAAGAAGAAGAAGUUCCGCACCCCGUCCUUCCUGAAGAAGAACAAAAAGAAAGAGAAGGCGGAGGCCUGAGAGUAGACAGGAGGCCGUCUGCACAGAAGAAGAAGAAAGAGGGGCGGCAGCCACCUUUUCUGUUUAAUGUCUGUGUUUUAUUUUGUCUCUGUUUUCAACGUCCUUUUAUGUUUUUAAUUUUAUUUGAAUUUUUUAAACAAAAUGUUUUAAGUGCAAAGGGCAGAAGAAUGGAUUACAUAAAAAAUGAAUUGGUUUGCAACAAAAAAGAGAGAGAGCAAUCUGCAAAAAGACAAGAAUGUUUGGGAAAUUUUGUGAUGGGUGUGGCUCCACAAAUUAAAGGUGCAGCAGUUGUGGGGUGAGUUAGAUGGGUGUUGGGUGUCUUCACACCUGAUCACCUAUGCAGUACUCUAACAGGGCUCCUUAGGAGCUGUAAAGUGUCAUUUGAGGCCAUUUUGAUCCUGAAUAACUGGCUCCCCGUCUGUUGGUUUCCCAGGCUGAAACACAACUUGAAACCGCCUUCUGAAUUUCUUGCUUUCAAAUCCAAAUUUAUUUAAAUGAUUGAGUUGCGACACGAGUAUUGCAAAACUGCACAAGUUGAAACUUAACCUCUUUUUCUUACUAUUGAAGACUCCCCCGGUCUUUUAAAGUUUAGUUUUCACAUUCUGCAUAGGGAACUGAGAGGCCGCAUGAAAUUUGAAGUCACACUGGAAAACUGGUCUCAGAAAACACAGCCACAGUGUUUGUGUUGAUUUAUUGACUGCGAGAAGUUUUCUCUUCACUCUCUCACACUCUUCUGAUACAAAACUUCACUUUGGCUGAUUGGGGUUGAACUAGAAGAUGAGUUAAAGACUGGACCAGACAAGAUAGUGUUAGGCUGGCAGUUUAUCACAACUAAAGUUGACAUGAUCUCAAAAGAGCCACUGACUCACUCAGAAUAUUUAUGUAGCAUUUUCAUAUCUUCUCCUCUUCAUCUCAGUUUUUUUUCUUUUUUUUGCCAAACUAAAUGGAAGAAAAGACGAAACAAUCUCAUUUUGGUAAAGCGUCACUGUUUGUGUCUAGUUUGUCAUCUCAUGAAAUUUUAUCUUUUUUUAUUGAACACAAAUUUGGUAUUAGUCGACUCUGUUUUGUACUCAUUUGUAAGCUUUUACAGAGAAUUACAGAUGUUACGCAUGUUUUCUCUUUUUGCAAGAACUGAAUUUAUAUGGCUGACUAUGUUCUGUAGUGAUGCCUGAUUGCUCAAAUUAUAUUCUAAUCUUCAGAGUACACAAAUUUACUAUAUUACACAGAUAUAUGAGAACUGGAUAUGUUGGCUAUAGAUUUUUAACUAUAUAUUUUUUAUUUUAUUGUGCUGCACUUUUCUCGUGGUAUAUAACACAUUUUAGUUGCAGGUGGUUUCACCAGUGAAGGAGAUUGUGAAGUGUUUUGGUAAAAGUUGCGCAAGUAGCAAGCGAGGCAUGGCGUCGGAGAAAAGGUCAGGACCCAGAAAGUGAGUCGAAUGACGAAAGAGAGAAUAGUCUUUCAUUGGUGUCACACAUGAGAAAUGAUCUUCUCAACUCAAAAAAACAGGAAGUGUAGUACUGAAAUACUACGUCCAACUAUCUGCAGUCGCCAGCUGAAAUGAGAACCAUGGGUCGUGGAGUGUGGAGCGGUGACAUCUUUUGUUUGGUGUGUUUGUGUGUUUGUUUUUAAAGCCAUAUUGUAAUUUUUUUUUUUUCCUGACGAGACAAGGGUUGUGAUUCUGCCUGCUCGGGCAUCAAGGACCCUAACAAGACCUCUGUUAAAUCACCCCAGUGACUGCAUCGACACCCCUCAGGCUCCCAAAAACUUUUCUUUUUUUUUUUUUUUCAGUAGCGACAUUCAGAACAGCUACACUUCCUUGCUUAAUUUGCCAUUUAUCUCCUCCUGGAACUGGAACAUUAUAAGGAGGUCAUAUGGACAUUUUUAUUUUUAUUUGAUCGCACUGCGAGCCCGCUCGUCAUUUCAGCCUCUAAAGCCUCCCCUCAUGUAAUUUCUCUAGUAAACACGAUCACGUUGUAACUGUCAGAUGACCCACAGCUGAACUCUGCAAAGCCAAAGUGUGAUGGGUUGCCACAUAUCCUCCCCCUGCAGUUUAACCAGAUGUACCAAUAUCCCAGCUAGCAAUGUGAAGUAUUGGAUUUGGGGGGGAGGCAGGGAGGGUUUAGGAACACAUCUUUAGCUGUGUUAAACGAUAGCUUCUGGCUCUGGGCAAAGAGCUGAGGUCACACAACUGAAAGAUGGAGACGGGAGGUGUGAGUUUGGAAAUGGAAGUGCAUAUUUGUGUGUAGUAGAGAGGGGCAGGGGUUAGGACAACCUGACACUAACGCACCAUGUUGUAUCACUCAGACUGUCUUUCAUACCAUCUCUCCUCCCGGAAACUCUUUUUUUCAUCCUCCAUUUGUAUCGCAGUACGCUUUCUUUUUUCUUUUAGUUUGCAGAGAGCACUAGGCUUUUUUUUAUUAACCAUUUUAGGAGCAUAAAUUGCUCCCAGAUGAACUGAAUGUGCAUUGCAUCAUUUUUAUUUUCUCCUCUUUGGUUUCCAACUGUUUGCACCUUGCUUUACUAAUGCCUCUCUAUCCACCAUUUUUUUCUGUUUUUAAAAAAAGAACGAGUUUUGCUUUGGCAUGCCAGAAUGAGCCAAGCUACUUUGUGACCUGUGAAAAUCCUAUAUAAAUGGUUAUCUAAUGGAGUUGCUUUUAGAUGUAUUGCUAAUCAGUGUAAAUUCACGAAUAAAACUGUAUUUUAAGAAA